CCGUGAAAGUGGCGGAGGCGGACAUUGUUGUGCGGACCUUUCCAGCCCGGUGAUGAGCGGAAACCCUGCCAUGAAGCUGAGAAAAACGGAUUAUUUUUUACAUUUUGUUUUUACACGCGUGGUCGUGAGAAGUUCGUGAGAAUCCUGCUGCGUUCUCCACCCCCCCUUACGGACCUGGGGGAGUUCAUUGAGCCGAGGCGAGCGGAGGACAAUCGGUAAAAAAAAACAAAAAAAACACAACAUCAUCGCAGCCUAAUGGAUUAAAAAAAGACGGAUCGAGGGAGGUUUGUUUUUUGCAAGCUGCUCUUUUCUAAAUACUUUUUUUGGGGGGGAAAAAGAAAGCACAAUUGCAUUGAUUUCCCUGUGGAGGCCUGCAGGAAGAAGGUUGCAUUUUUUUGGGCAUGCAUUGGAGGAGCAUACCGGGUUGUAGAUCUUCUUCUAUCCGAGUGUGAUGUUAGCACCCGGAUGAAGGUGUUGAGCUCCUGAACCGCCUCUCCGUCCUCAGGAACCAAGAUGAGCGCCGAAAGUGAGCUCCCCAACAGGGAGCUGUCAAAGAUGUCCGACCAGGACCUGUUGGCGUGCACCAAAGAGGAGCUCCUGAGUCGCCUGCGCAAGGAGGAGUCGGAGAAGAUCUCGGCCCUCAUCCAGCGCGGGCGGCUCAUCAAGGAGGUGAACAAGCAGCUGCAGGGCCACCUCCUGGAGAUCCGGGAGCUGAAAGUCAUCAACCAGCGGCUGCAGGAGGAGAACGUGGAGCUGAGGGACCUGUGCUGCUUCCUGGACGACGACCGGCUGAAGGUGAAGAAGCUGUCGCGGGAGUGGCAGCUGUUCGGCCACCACGCCGCCAAGGUGAUGCGCGAGGACCUGGGCGGCUACCUGAAGAAGCUGGCCGAGCUGGAGCGCCUGCAGGACGGCCUGGUGAAGGAGAACCUGGACCUGAAGGAGCUGUGCCUGGUGCUGGAGGAGGAGUGCGUCAGCCGGGGCGACUCCAGCCCCGGCGGCUCCACCGAGCUGGCCCUGCCCUGCAUGGUGGCCCGGGACCUGGGGGACGGGAGCUCCAGCACGGGCAGCGUGGGGAGCCCGGACCAGCUCCACCUGGUGUGCUCGCCCGACGACUGACGGCGGUCCCUGCGGGGGAAGGGCUUAAACACGCACGCCGAGGGCUAGACGGCAUUUCCAAUCAAGCCUUUUGAACGCUGACAUUUCAUAGAUGUUUUUGCCACUUCUCGGGCAAUUUUACAGUUUUUUCUAAUGACUUCAAUUCUCCUUUUUCAGUGGUUUGUUGUGAAAGAAAAGUGGGUGACCUAAUAUAUCUCAUGCACUGGACGAGCCUACACUGGUAGAAAAAAAAACUUUUCUUCUCUUGCACUGGACGCUGAUCUUCAAAUCCAAGGUGGAUUUCAAUCCGGUUUCGAGCCAUAUUCAGUCCGUGGAAUCCCGAUGGCACUGAAAUAAGACGGUCUUUGUUAUUCAAGGUCCCGACAAUGUGUAAUAUUUUCUGCCUCAGGACGGGACAUGCAUGGCGGUCCUUUUGUCAACCGUGGCGGCCCUUCAGGUUUACAGCAGGUACCAGCCGGAGCCAAGACCAGAUGACAGAUGUCUUUGAACCUCACUCAGAACUGAUGGUUUGACACUUUUUAGAAAACAAACAACUGGAAGGUCUUUGUAUCAAACUGGAUGGUUUUUAUUCACUUCUACCGCAUUUUUACUUUGUUGUUGUUGACGUUCCCCAAGUCGGGCUGCGUUCACGCUCGUCCUAGUUCUGCUGCUAUGGUCCGCUUGCAAGGGAACUCUGGUGCGGUUCACGUGAGCUCAAAUGUGGACCAAAGACUCUAAAGCUUAAAACGGUUAGAAAAAAAGCUUUGAUUUAUUUUGUGUUGCUUCGUUUAGUACAAGGGUCCCCAAACUUUUUGACUCGGGGGGCCGCAUUGGGUUAAAAAAAUUUGGUCGGGGGCCGGG